GCUGUUAGUGAAUCUCAGGGCCAAUCUCACAUGGCACCAGUUCAGCAACCUCCUCAUGAUGAUGUUACUCGACGUCUAGAUAGCCUAGAGAGGCUAGUGGUUGAACAGCGGGGUGCCCCACCUCCAUACCCUGCUGUUGACUCCGUACCCCACCCUCUCAACACCAAUAUUGUGCUGGAGCCCUAUCCCACUGGCUUCAGAAUACCACAACUUGAAACUUAUGAUGGGACGAAGGACCCCGACGACCCUCUACAUGCUUUCUACUCUUGCAUGCAGGCCCAGAACGCCUCUGAUGCGUUAAUGAAAACCACUUCCGAAUUGAUGCGGGUUAAGCAGAGGGACGGAGAGUCUUUGAAGAAUUUUAUGAGCAGGUUCAAUGAUGCUGUGCUGGAGGUUAACUCUUUCGACCAAGCUGUGGGGAUUACAGCUGUGAUCUCAGGUCUCGGCCAUGAAAGAUUCAGAGAUAGUUUGCUUAAGCAUCCGGCCACCACCUUCAGUGAGGUAAAUGAUAGAUCAUUGAAAUUCAUAACUGCUGAGGAAUAUGCCCUGUCACAGAACCUUACCCCUGUUAAGAAUCAACACCCGGACUGGAGAGAUGAGAAUCCGAACAGGAAGCGGAUGAAGACAUCACAGAACCGAGGUCCGAUGUCGACUUCCACCCUGCGACUUGGGAGGCCGAACUCCUCACCUCCGCAACAACCUGCAGGUAAACCUCCAGGUAAUUGGACUCCUUUUAAUUUACCGAGGUCACAAAUCUUCAUGCAGAUUAAGAAUAAAAUGGACUUACGACGUCCGGGUCCAAUGAGAACUGUUGCUGCUACCAGAGACCAUACAAGGUACUGUGAUUUUCAUCAAGAUCACGGUCAUACAACAGAACAAUGCAAUAGUCUGAGGUCCGAACUGGAAAGUCUGGCGCAGAAAGGAAUGUUAAAUGAGUACAUUCAGAGAAAUGAACAGCCACGGUUUGUCAGGGAACAAGGGACGCAGCAUGAAGGAGUCCGCAAUCCCCCAAACAGGCAAGGUGUGGGAUAUCAGCAGGCCCCACCCCCACUCCCACCACCAGCUAGAGUCAUACACAUGAUUACGGGGGGUCUGGAAGCCGGUGGACUGAGUUCCAAGCAGCGAAAGCUGUAUGUCAGAGAGGUUAAGCACCAGAACCGAGCUCAGAAGCGGAAAUUUGAUGAUGCUGAGUGGAAGAAUCAACCCAUCACUUUCACAUCUGCUGAUCUCGAGACAGUUGUCACACCACACAAUGAUCCACUAGUCACUUCUGUCACGAUCAACAAUUGUGAAGUACAGCGUGUCCUUGUUGACACAGGGAGUGCACCAGACAUCAUGUACUUCCAUUGCUUUGAGAGUCUUGGGUUAGAUUCAGCUCUGUUGCAACGGUAUGAUGGUCCCAUUUACGGGUUCAACAACCAACCAGUUCCAGUUGAAGGAGUCCUCACCAUGAAUGUUGCAUUUGGAAGUGGCCGAAGUUAUGUGACCCCUUCAGUCCGGUUUCUGGUAGUCAAGAUGGCGUCCUCGUUCAAUGUUGUCAUUGGUCGACCCACACUAACUGAGAUUCGAGCUGUGGUUUCCCAAUCUCAUCUCUGCAUGAAGUUCCCCACUCCUACGGGAAUAGCCACGCUGCGAGGCAACCAGGAGGUAGCCCGGCAUUGCUACAUCACCUCGGUAACACAACCUCAGAAGGGCAAGACUCAGACACCCGAGAUUAAUCCCAACCAGAUUGCUGAUGAUCGGCAAGUUAUGGGUGUUGAAAUCGUAGAUAACCGACCAGAGGAUGAAACCAGAGCUGCUCCAGUCGAAGAUGUGGAGGAGGUGCAGAUUGAUGACAGAGAUCCGAGCAGGAAAACGCAAAUUGGGACUAAAUUAAACCCGGAGGAAAGAGCAGAGUUAAUAGCUUUUCUUCGGGCUAAUAAAGAUGUUUUUGCAUGGACUUCAGCAGAUAUGCCGGGAGUCCCCACUUCAGUUUUUCAACAUAAACUCAGCACCAAUCCCCUCAAGAAACCAGUAGCACAGAAGCGACGUCUCUUCGGGGGGGAGAGUCAAGAAAGCAAACGGUAAACGGCGAAUGUGCAUCGAUUACACUAACCUCAACGACGCAUGUCCAAAGGAUUGUUAUCCAAUGCCAAACAUUGAUAAACUGGUGGAGGCAGC